AUGAAGAACUGGCCGGGCAUGUGUGCCAGGGUGAAAGGAGGCAGCUAUGCCUCCGGCCAGGUGCCUGCCUACCCACAGCAGCCGCUCUGGGUCAUUGGCACUGUUCUGACUGCCAGAGUCCUAGCGGCUCAGCAGGCGCAUCGUGACCUUACCCAUCUUCGGAAGGUACCACUUCCCACCGACGACACGCUAGAACCCUCUGAAGACUCAUUUGAGACGAUGAUGGAGCCUAACAAUCCAUCAUCAAAACAAAUGGAGUCCUCCGAGGGCUCAUGCGGCACCACCGUGGAGGCGUCUGGCAGCGAAGCACAGGAGGUGAUGGCCCAGGCAGCGGUCCCGGCCCUGGCCCCAGCAAGGAAGGAGCCGGUCAGUGGCCCUCAGGAGGAGCUGGAAGAGCUGCCCACUGAUCUUCUCCAAGACAUGGAGGAGCCAUCCAGUGGCCCACGUAAGGAAAUAGAGGAUCCACCCAAUGACCUACUCCAAGACGUGGAGGAGUCAUGCAAUGGUUCACGCCAGGGGGAUCCACGCAAUCAGUCAUCUGAGAGGAUGGAAGAAGCAUCAGUAAACCUGACUGGAGUGCAGGCAGGGCCAAGGGGCAAUGGUGACACCAACCUGGAAGAGCCAGGAGAAGAGAAUCUUGAGGAGGGCCAGGGCCAGGAAGAAGGUGCCCCUGUGGGAGCGAUGUCUGUGAUACGGUCCAUCAUCUCGCUCUACUUGCGCAUGCAAGACCUCACUGAGCAACAAAGAGUGGCAGAAGAGAUCCUGGUGACAGGAAUGGCAGCGGGCCGCCUGCCCAGUCCCCGGCGCUUCUCGGGCGACCGCAGGGAAUACCACGAGUUCAUCGUGCUCUGCCAGCUCAUCCUGCAGAGCUGCCCACGCAUGUUCUGCAGCGACCAGCAACGUGUGCAUUUUGUGCUCAGCCACCUCUCUGGUAUGGCCUUGCAGUGGGCCAAGACCCUGCUGGAGCAAAACAGCCCCCUGAUGAGCAACUUCCCGGCCUUCCUGGAGGCCAUGUCAGAAGUAUUCGAGUACCGCCAAUCCCUGCGUGUGGCCGAAGAUGCCAUGUUCAACAUCAGGCAAGGGGAGCGCUCAGCCACCGAGUACAUCACCGAGUUCCAGAGCUUGCUACCCAUCCUGCGCUGGCCAGAUGAAGUCCUGCAGGCCCACUUGUGCCAGGGGCUGAAUGAAGACAUCAGGCAUUACCUGUUCCGGGUUCCCCAGCCAGACUCCCUGGACAGUCUGGUCGUGCUCAUCCUGCAGAUAGAAGAAAAGCUGGCCGAGCACAGAGCGGUGCUGAGGCUGCCCCCCGAGGCCCGCCCACGCAACCUGACCUGGAUCGACUCACCUGCCCCAGAGCGGUGGAUGGUGAGCAGCUGGCUGCCCAGCGAAGGCCACCCCGCUGUCCACCGAGCCCACCUCUUCCUGCUGCUCAUGGUGCGCGUGAACCCCUACCACAGUGUGGCGGUCCAGGCCCUCGUGGACUCGGGGGCGGAAGGCAACUUCAUGGAUGAGAAAUUCGCACAGGAGCACUAUGUGGAGCUGUAUGAGAAGCCCUACCCGCAGUCUGUGCAGUGUGCCGACGGCUCGCUCAUUGGCGACGAGCCCGUCUGGCUCUACACCGAGCCCCUGAUCUGCAUCCACCAGAACCACCAGGAGUCCAUCCAGUUUGACAUCCUACCUUCGCCCAACUUCUCUGUGGUCCUGGGCAUCCACUGGCUCCGCAUCCAUGCCCCAGACAUCGACUGGAUCCAAGGCCGCUGCACCUUCCACUCCCCCUACUGUCUGCAGAACUGCUUCCGUCCGCCCCCGCCAUGCAUUGCCCUGGAGCGGCACGGCAUGAGCCUGCUGCCCGGCCUGCCAUCCCCAUAUUCCGACCUGGCCGACGUGUUUAACCCGAGGGAAGCAGAUGAGGAGACUUCCGACCAGCCAAGCUCAGACGGAUCCGAUGAUCUUUCUGAACCAGAGCCCUCUGAGCUUCAGCAGGCUGGAGACAGUGAUCGCAGCGGCCCCUUCCACGGGUGUCCAUCCGCCGCCGCCGCCGCCACCACCACCGCACCGCGGGAGCAAGCCAGGCAGCGGCGCGAGUGUCCCUUGGCCGUGCCACGGGAGCCCGUGGGGGCUAGGGUGUGGGAGCAUGCCAGGCAGCGGCACGAGUGCUGGGCCCUACGCAACAUGCUGACCGACAGGCAAGACUACAUUCAGCUAAUCCCCGAGCUGUUUGACCAGCUGCACGGGGCAGUGUGGUUCACGAGGCUGGAGCUGCGGGGCAGUGUGGUGGAGGACAGCGUGAGCCUGCCCCGCCUUGAGGACAUGUGGAGAGCAGCCUUCGGCCUGGAGCUUCAAGACGCCAAGAGCUACCAGCCCUUCCCACUCUCCCCAGACCCCGUUAUCCCCCAGAGGGUGAUUCACUUCAUCCUUAAGGACAUGCUAGGCUUCUUCGUGCUCUCCUCCGGCCAGGAGGUCCUGGUCUUCUCCAUGAGCCAAGAGGAGCACCUGCAGCAUGUGCGCCAGGUGCUGCUCCGCUUCCGGCACCACCAUGUCUACUGCUCGCUCGACAGGAGCCAGUUCCACCGGCACACGGCCGAAUUCCUGGGCUUUGUGCUGACCCCCAAAGGGGUAAAGCUCAACAAGCACACAGUGAGCGCCAUCACUGACUACCCCCAGCCCACCUCCCGGAGAGGCCUCCAUGGCUUCCUCAAGCUCCUGCUCCCCUACCGGCACUUCGUGGAGCGCUUCUCGGUCAUCGCCGAGCCGCUGGCGCGGCAGCUGCUGGCUGAUGCCUAUGACGACCACAAUAACCUGUACUGGGGUGAGGCCGAGCAGGAGGCCUUCGAUGGCCUGCGGCGGGCGUUCCGCCGGGCACCCCUGCUGCAUCACCCCAAGCCCCAGCACCAGUUCUACUUGCAGACGGGCGCCACCAGCACCAUGCUGCACGCCUCCCUGAUCCAAAUCGACGACCAAACCGGCAAGAGAGUGCCCUGCGCUUUCUACUCGCGCCCCAUGUCCCCCCUCGAGCUGGGGGCCUCGGCCGUGGAGAUGAGGCUCCUUCCGAUUCGGGCUGCCUUCGUGGUGUGGUGCCGCUACCUGGAGAACACCGAGGAGCCCAUCAUGAUCCUGCUCAACACAGAGGAUCUCGCCUCUCUGAAUAAUGACAGGCUCACCGUACUUCUCCCGGGGCAUUGGGUCUUUUUCUUCUCCCACUUUCACUUCGACGUCAUGGAGCGGCCUGAGCAGGACGGCGAAGGCCAGUCCCAGCUGACUCCACCCGGCUGCAACCCCCGGGGCUCACGCUCCCCACGCUCCCUGCUGCUCUUUGCCGCCAGGAGGUCCCGAAGGGGCCCCUCGGGCAACGGCGAGGAUGCCCAUGACACCGAUGAGGAAGAUGAAGACAUGCCCGACCUUGAGGAUGAAGCUGCUGAGCAGAACCUGGCCCGCGAGCUCCUGGCCCUGAUCCCCGCCCACCAGAUCCUCCACAGCUUCCUGGCCCACUUCAGCAUGGCUCAGAUCAGGGCGGUGGUCCUGCACUUCUUCCGAGGUCUGCUGUACUGGAAGAGCGUGCUUGGCCUGGCCGCCAUGCUCGUGCUGUUGAGGGCCCGUCGUCGCCGCCUCUGCCUGCCGCCCGCACCGCCACCCACACCGCCAUCGCCCUCGGCCUCAGCGCCCCAAAGACACUCCCUGCGGCUCAUCCUCGACUCCUCCCUCCUUGCCGGCAGCGGCAUGGCCACCGCCGCCGUGCAGCUGCUCACACAGAUGCCCCCGCUCAUGGGAGCCAACACCCUCCCGGCCCAUGAGCUGCUGGAGCUGUUCCUGGGUCCUGGGCCCUGGCGACACCACGCCCUGCUACCUGCCACCCACCGGGGCCUGCACUUCACCCCUGGCUUCUGGCUGAUGCUCUGUGAGUUCUUCGGAUUCAGGGUCACCCCUCCAGGGCGUGACCGGUCUUCGGCCGCCACUACCACUGUCCCCCCACGCCACUUCCGGUACUUGGAGCUGCACGUCGUUGGCGAUGAAGAUGUCGUCUUGCGAGAAGCCCUGCAAGACGACCUGCAACGUUACCGUCAGAGUGGCCUGCGUGACGGCCUGCAAGACACCUCGCAGGACGCACGGGCCAACGACGUGCCCCGAGCCCUGCUCCCUGCUGCCACUACUGACGUGCACACAGAUGUGGACACUGCCCAUGCCACUGCCAACACGGCCCUGCCGCUUCGCCCACGCAGCCUGCUGCACCCGGAAGUCCUUGACUUCCUCCAACACCGCCUACUCCACAUCCGUGGCACUGACGGCCGCCUCACCUUGCUCAGCCAAGAGCAAGUGGCCCGGGCUCUCAGCCGCUUCCUGACCAUGGCCAGCACCUGGACCCCUGCUGCCACCUCGGAGAGUCAGCAGGAACCACCCGAGCCGGAGGGGGACCCCGAGGAGGACCCUGAUCUUGACUGA